CCCAUCCGCCAUGUUUUCAGGCCGGGUCAGCCUUGGUCUUUCCCCGUAAGGAAAUGGCUGAGGAGCUUCAGGGAACCCAGGCGCCGUUGCCUCCGCGGAGCCCGGGCUGACGAGGCAGGGCAGCGGGGUAAACCGGAGAGGUUCUGCGCGGGGCGGGGCGGCGCGGCCAUGGCGUCCAGCAGUAACUGGCUGUCCGGGGUGAAUGUCGUGCUGGUGAUGGCCUACGGGAGCCUGGUGUUUGUACUGCUAUUUAUUUUUGUGAAGAGGCAAAUCAUGCGCUUUGCAAUGAAAUCCCGACGGGGACCUCAUGUCCCUGUGGGACACAAUGCCCCCAAGGACUUAAAAGAGGAGAUCGAUAUCCGACUAUCCAGGGUUCAGGAUAUCAAGUAUGAACCUCAGCUCCUUGCAGAUGAUGAUGCAAGACUGCUACAGCUGGAAACCCAGGGAAAUCAGAAUUGCUACAACUAUCUAUACAGGAUGAAAGCUCUGGAUGCCAUCCGUGCCUCUGAGAUCCCAUUUCAUUCUGAAGGCCGGCAUCCCCGUUCCUUAAUGGGCAAGAAUUUCCGCUCCUACCUACUAGAUCUUCGAAACAGUAGUACUCCUUUCAAAGGUGUGCGCAAAGCACUCAUUGAUACUCUGCUGGAUGGCUAUGAGACAGCCCGCUAUGGGACAGGGGUCUUUGGCCAGAGUGAGUACCUGCACUAUCAGGAGGCCCUGAGUGAGCUGGCCACAAUCGUCAAAGCACGAAGUGGGAGCUCUCAGCGACAACACCAGUCAGCAGCCAAAGACCUAACCCAGUCUCCUGAAGUCUCCCCAACAACCAUCCAGAGUUUUCAAAGGGCCCUGGGACUUAAGAAGAUGGUUGACAGGUGGCGAAAUUCACACACUCACUGUCUGUGGCAGAUGACAUUGAGCCAGAGGAGAAACCCAUAUGCCACCCUAAGGAUGCGGAACACCAUGGUACAGGAGUUGGCACUGGCCAACAAGCAACUACUGAUGGUCCGUCAAGCCGCCCUGCACCAGCUGUUUGAAAAGGAGCAUCAGCAGUACCAGCAGGAACUAAAUCAGAUGGGCAAAGCUUUUUACUUAGAGAGACUCUGAUGGCAUCCAAAACAUUGUCCUUCCAUUCUCACCAUGCCUGCGAACCUAGCCUUCUUGAGCCCCUGCCACCUUGAACGUCCUUCCCAAAACACACCUGGAUCUAGUUAUCUGCCCAGGACUUAACACAGUGCUCCCACUCUCACCUCUUUCACUCUCCUGUCAACCCCCUGGUGCUAUUUGGGAAAGAAUCUAUGAGACAUUGGUAAAAACAACAGUGACACCUUGUGGUCAGAAUGAGGUAUGCAGUGUUGAUGUAAGUGAAGUGGGGGGAGGGGGGUUGAGAGAUGGACAUUGUGAGAGUAGAGGAUCUUGAUUUGGUUUAACAAAUAAAGCUAGCUCUUAAAGGUUCAAA